CUCGCUCGCACGUUCGGUCUCUCUCACUCCGCACGCUCUCUCUCUCUCUCUCUCCCUCUCGCUCCGCUCACUCACUCUCGGUGGUUCUUCCAGAAAUACAGAAAAGAAGACUUGUACAUAUUUUAAUUAGUCAUCUGAUUGCAGUCAAAGUUCUGCCACCUAGUGUUGUAUUCUGUCGUUACCAUCUGGUUUGGUUCGGAUUGUGCAAUUUUUUGAGAAAUCCGAACCGGUGAAAGUUGAUUGGUUUGGAAUUUAUUUCCCCCCAAAUCCAAUCCAAAUCGACCUGUGAACAGCCUUGUGUUGGCCCAUUGUACUACAAAACAAACCAAGUACUCCCUCCAACAAUUCUUGUUGUGUCAUCCACACGCAGUGAGUGUCAUUGUGUUUGUGUUAUUCUUCUUCAUUACUCCCAAUGAAACGUGGCUACCAAGAAUCUCACUCAACCUCGUUAGGUCCACCACAAUCCAGAGCUAGACAUGAUCCUCAAGGUAGUGCACACUUUCUUGAGGAUGAAAGCACGAAGAUAUUUGCUCGGAAAGUAGCUGAUCAUUACAGUGCAAGAUCCAACCAAACUUUGGAAGAACGGGAGGCUAGUCCUAUAAUUCACUUGAAGAAACUCAAUAACUGGAUUAAGAGCGUCUUAAUUCAGCUUUAUGCUCGUAGAGGAGAUGCAGUACUCGACCUCGCCUGUGGCAAGGGUGGUGAUCUUAUCAAAUGGGACAAGGCCAAAAUUGGAUAUUAUGUUGGUAUUGACAUUGCUGAAGGCUCAAUCAAAGACUGCAGAACACGUUACAACGGUGAUGCUGAUCAUCAUCAACGACGUAAAAAGUUUACAUUUCCUGCUCGCCUUAUAUGUGGAGAUUGUUAUGAGGUUCGCUUGGACAAAGUUCUUGCAGAUGAUGCUCCUUUUGAUCUUUGUAGUUGCCAGUUUGCAUUGCAUUACUCAUGGUCUACAGAGGUCCGCGCCCGGCAAGCAUUGGCCAAUGUGUCAGCUUUGCUACGCCCAGGAGGCAUUUUCAUUGGAACUAUGCCUGAUGCCAAUGUGAUUAUCAAGAAGCUUAGAGAAGCUGAAGGAUUAACUUUUGGAAACAGUGUCUAUUGGGUGCGUUUUGAUGAAGAAUUUUCUGAUAAGAAAUUUAAAUCUUCCAGCCCUUUUGGAAUAAAGUACACGUUCCAUUUGGAGGAUGCUGUUGAUUGUCCUGAAUGGAUUGUCCCCUUCCACAUAUUCAAGUCAUUAGCUGAAGAGUAUGACUUUGAGCUUGUUUUUGCGAAGAACUCGCACGAAUUUGUACACGAGUAUAUGAAAAAACCAGAAUUUGUGGAGCUCAUGCGAAGACUCGGUGCAUUGGGAGAUGGCAACCAAGAUCAAAGCACACUCUCAGCUGAUGAAUGGGAGGCAGCAUAUUUAUACAUGUCAUUUGUAUUGAGAAAGCGAGGUCAACCUGACAAAACCCAAUCAAGUAGCAGAAAGGACCGAGGGUCGAUGCAUAUUUCAGAGGAAGACAUCAUGUACAUUAGCACUGAUUAACGUGAAUAAGAAAGAAACAACCAAUCACUGAUUUUUCUACAAUGUGCCAAUAUCAUUGAUCUCACAACCUUGAGAUCCAGCAAAUUUUUUUUGCUGCGUUGAAUUUUUUAGAUCCACUAUAAAUAAUUGAAAACAAAUUUUCUGCCUUCGAAUUUGUGUUAGCUUAGCUUCUGGAUUAGACUUAUGGCAGUUUAUUUUUAGCAAACUCCCUCACACUAAUAUAUCCUUCCCUGUUCAAGCAGAUCAUAAUAUUAGUGAAUAUUAAAAAAGUAUCCAUUGGCACAGGUUUUUAUUUUUAGAGUCCUUUUAGAACCUAGCCAAUUGCGAUUUUCUUCAAUCCAAAUUAGAUUUUGAUUA